AUGAAUAAAGGACUUGAAAAGCAUGGACAAACGGUUGCUAUGGUUCCCAGUUAUGUUACUGGAGUUCCAACCGGAAAAGAAGUUGGUACAUUUCUUGCACUUGAUCUUGGUGGUACAAAUUUACGUGUAUGUCUAAUAAAAUUAGGAAGUGAUGGAAAUAUAUCCAUAAAACAACAAAAAUAUAAAGUAUCGGAAACAUAUAAAACUGGAGAAGCACGUCAAUUAUUUGAUUUUUUAGCGGAUUGUAUUGAUAAAUUUUUAGCUGAACUUAAUGAAACCGAUAAAAGAUCAUCUAGUAAAGAAGGAAAAUUAAAUUUGGGAUUUACAUUUUCGUUUCCUGUUGAACAAACUGCUAUCGAUAAAGGUAAUUUAAUUAGUUGGACAAAAGGUUUUACGUGCGCUGGUGCUGUUGGUAAAGAUGUUGUAUUUAUGUUACAAGAAGCUUUAAACCGUAAAGGAGUUCCUGUUAAAGUUUCUGCUUUAGUUAAUGAUACAGUUGGAACUCUUCUGGCUCAUGCUUAUAAACACCCUAAAACUCUUCUUGGCGUUAUUCUUGGUACCGGAACAAAUUGUGCUUAUUUCGAAAAAAUCUCGAAUAUCAAAAAAUUGCAAUUCAAUUCAAAUGCUGAACAUAUGAUUAUAAACUUGGAAUGGGGGUCUUUCGAUAAUGAGAAAAAAGUACUUCCCAUCACAAUGUUUGAUAAUAAACUUGAUCGAGAAUCAAAUAUCCCUCGAUUUCAAAUUUUUGAAAAAAUGGUUUCUGGAAUGUAUCUUGGAGAGAUAACAAGAAAUGUUUUACUAAAUCUUAUUGAUAGGAAAUUGAUUUUUGAUGGUAUUUCUUCAAAAGAUUUCAAUACUCAUUAUUCUUUUGAGACGGCAUAUUUAUCAACAAUAGAAGAAGAUGAUAGUGAUACACUAGAGAAUGUAAGAAAAAUUUUAGAAGAGGAAUUAAAUAUACCUUCCACGACGUUAACAGAUCGUAAAAUUGUAAAAAGAGUUUGUCAAAUUGUUGGAAUACGUUCUGCUAGAUUAUCUGCUGCUGGCUUAUCAGCCAUUAUAUCUCAUUGUAAUGUAAUAGAAACUGGUUGUGAUAUCGGUAUUGAUGGUUCUUUAUUUGAAUUUUAUCCCGCUUUUGAAGCUCGUAUUAAAAAUGCUCUCAGAGAACAUUUUGGUUCAAAUGCUGAUAACAUCAAUCUUGGUUUGGCUCGAGAUGGUUCCGGUGUUGGUGCCGCUUUGGCUGCUAUGUUAUCUGUUAAAUAA